AUUAACUAACUAUAAUCCUCGAAUUUCGAUAAAAUAAAAAAAAUUACGACAGCACAAAAUAUUAAACAAAACCAUGCAUGCUCUAAAUUAAAGUCAGGCAGAGUUGAACAUCUCCACUAAUAAUUAACUAUGCAACGUAGCUGUCAACUGAAUCCGGAGAAAAUCUAGAAAAAAAUCAGGGACAAUCAGACACUUUCAUAAUAUUAGUACGAUUAACUUCAAGCAUUUACAGCUUGAGACUGAUAAAUAGAAGUUUUCUGAAAAAAUAUCUGUAAUUCAAAUUAUCGUCAUUAUUUACCAUUCACAUGUUUUUCUACAGAAGUCACCGCGUUUCUGAAGAAUUGACAGAGAGAAAAAAAAUUUUGAAUAAAAAAAUCAGACAAUUGAGGUACGCAAUGCAAAUCACUAGAAAAUUACAUAUCCAACGUACAGUGAGUGGCAGAACGCCUGGGACGACAUUACUAAGCUGAAUGGGUCACUGUUUCUAAUACAAGAAGCUAAAUUACAAUAAAGAUAUGCACAAAGUAUUAAAUACGAUCAGCACCACAGAGGAGUAAAGAUUCAUUGCAGGCUGCUCCCCAUUCAACAGUGACACGAUCAAUUGAUAGGAUGUUCAGCAAAACAAAACACUCUUUAUAUCGGGAGUCAAGUAAUUCUUAUAAGCACUCAAAAAUAAAAGACUGCGAACACAAACGUCAUCCUUAAUUCACAUUUACAUUCUCAUAAAUGUUUUAUUCCAAAACCACGUGAAAACCAUACAAGUCAACAGAGCAGCUGGUACAGCAGUAGAGUCAAGGCAUACAUUCUCAGCGUGUCAAGACCAGCUGAAAAACGAAAAUAGGUGGUGAAGCUCCAAAUGUCAUGGUCAUUCGUUUUACUUCCAAUUUUCACUCUGCGACUUCGAAAUAAAACAUGAAUCGUAGGCUAAACAGGAGAACACAUUUUAUUCAUUCACCAAACUUCUCUGUUAUAUUCAUUUAAGUCCAUCAGUUUCACUGCCUAGGUACUGUAGUGCGUCCCUCUUACUUCAAAUAGUACCCAAAAACAUUAAUAAUUUUUACAUACAACAAACAAGACCCAAUAUGACAGCCUUCAACCAAUGUAACCCACAAUGCAGCGCGAUAUGCGCAAGCUCAGUUGAUUAGCACCACAGGAAGAGAAGAAAAAAAACAAGACUAAAUAUUUCCCACCUUUGAGUCAAAACACAACAGAAUUCCUAAAAUGAGUUAGGAAAAAAAGAUGGGUGAAAUUUAUCCUUUGCCCGCAGCACCGUCCCCACACGCUCGGUAGAACUGUUGUUUUGCCGGAGCUGAGGUUUUUCCUCUCGCUCUUCCACUCUUGUUUCUGCCUGUUUAUGAGUCCCAGAGCAGCUACAACGUUGCAAUGAACAGCGGACUCCCGGCUUCUAUAGCAGUUCCCGUAUCCAAUGUCGGUCCUGGCGCGAAGGUAAAAUACUGCCGCUAUUACACCAAGGACAAGACUUGUUUCUACGGGGAGGAGUGCCAGUUCUUGCAUGAAGACCCGCCGGUGGUACCCAUUGGGCUCCAUAGCAACAGCGUGCCGUUGCUGGCAGCCGCAGCAGCUGUGGGGACGGGCGCCUCCGCUGCGGGGACCGGGUACCCGCACGGAGCGACGGCAGGCGGAGCAGGAGGUGGUGGAAGCGGAGGAGUGGGCCCCCCAAAGACCGAACUUAUGGCCCACGGCGGGGCAUUAGAUGGGCAGAUGCUGACAAUUACAGGAAUGAAUGGAAGUGGCUUGCCAGAGACCAGCCUUACAAAUUCCUUCUUCAGCAGUAGCUUUAUUGGAGUUAAUGGAUUUGGGAGUCCAGGAGAAGCAAAGUAUCCCAUGAUUCAGCGAAUGACUAGUAGUGCCAGCUCCCCUAGUCUACUUAACGACAGUGGAAAGUCUUACACAACUCAAGAUUCCCUUAGUUCACCUGCAUCUUCAAUUUUCAGUGACUUUUCGUGCCUGAAUAUAUCUCAUCGAAGAAAAGGACCUAAUCCUACUGCAAAUGAAUUUGUUCCAAAGACUGGCUCUUCUUCCAGACUAAGUACCAUGUCUCAGUCCAGUAUGUCAGCCUUCUCACUGGCCUUUUCUCAUUCAUCUAUGAGUAGUCCUCCUACUGCCGGACUAGCUCCAGGGAUGUCUCUGUCUGCCGGGUCUUCUCCUUUACAUUCUCCCAAAAUUACCCCUCAUACUUCUCCCUCUCCAAGACGACGAAGUCAUACUCCUAGCCCAGCAAAUUAUAUGGUGCCUACUAGUGCCUCUACGCCAGUGAAUGAUUCAGCCUCCCAAGGUUCUUCUACAAAUCAGAUCAUACAGAAAGAAACUGUAGGAGGAACAACUUACUUCUAUACCGACUCAACCCCAGCACCUCUUGCAGGAAUGGUCUUUCCCAACUUCCAUGUUUAUCCUCCAACAGCACCUCAUGUUGCUUACAUGCAACCGAAAGCUAAUGCACCUUCGUUUUUUAUGGCCGAUGAACUUCGGCAGGAGCUGAUAAAUAAACAUUUGAUAACCAUGGCUCAGAUUGACCAAACAGAAAACCCAGGCAUUCCUACAGAAGUCGACAGCUAUCAUAGCCUUUUUCCACUAGAACCUCUCCCCCCUCCAAACUGCAUUCAGAAAACAAGCAACUUUGGGUAUAUUACAUCAUGUUACAAAGUCAUCAGUAGCAAAGAUGAUGUGCCGUACUGCCUUCGCAGGAUACAUGGUUUUCGCCUUGUGAAUACGAAGUGCAUGGUAUUGGUAGACAUGUGGAAGAAAAUCCAACAUUCUAACAUCGUAACAUUGCGUGAAGUGUUUACCACUAAAGCAUUUGGAGAGUACUCCCUUGUGUUUGCUUAUGACUUCCAUGCUGGAGGAGAAACAUUGAUGAGCCGGCACUUUAAUGAUCCUGCUGCUGACGCCUAUUUCACUAAAAGAAAAUGGGGUCAGCAUGACGGACCUCUACCACGUCAACAUGCAGGAUUGUUACCAGAAUCCCUUAUAUGGGCAUACAUUGUUCAGUUAAGUUCUGCUUUGAGGACAAUUCAUACUGCAGGUUUAGCUUGUCGUGUCAUGGAUCCAACAAAGAUUCUUAUUACUGGCAAAUCAAGAUUACGGGUGAAUGGUGUUGGAAUAUUUGACGUUUUGACAUUGGAUAACAGUCAGAGUAACCCACUAGCACUGAUGGCCCAGUAUCAGCAGUCGGAUUUGAUCUCAUUAGGAAAAGUUGUACUGGCCUUGGCUUGCAACUCUUUGGCAGGAAUACAGCGAGAUAAUCUACAAAAAGCGUUGGAUUUGGUGACAAUGAACUAUUCCUCAGACUUGAAAAAUCUCAUUCUGUAUUUACUAACCGACCAAAAUAGACUUCGCAGUGUGAAUGACAUCAUGCCCAUGAUUGGUGCUAGAUUUUAUACACAGCUGGAUGCUGCUCAGAUGAGAAGUGAUGUUAUAGAAGAAGAAUUGGCAAAGGAGGUGCAAAAUGGAAGGCUUUUUAGGCUGCUGGCAAAACUGGGAACAAUCAAUGAGAGACCAGAGUUUCAGAAAGACCCGACCUGGUCAGAAACUGGUGAUAGGUAUCUUCUGAAGCUCUUCAGGGAUCAUCUUUUCCACCAGGUGUCAGAAACAGGUACUCCUUGGAUCGACAUCAGUCACAUAGUUUCGUGUCUCAACAAGCUGGAUGCCGGCGUACCAGAAAAAAUAAGUCUAAUCUCCAGAGAUGAGAAGAGCAUUCUUGUGGUAACUUAUAGUGACCUAAAACGCUGUUUUGAGAAUGCCUUUCAGGAACUUCUUGCAGCAGCAAAUGGUCAGUUGUAGUAUUUGCUGAAAUCGCACAUGAUAUGGCUUGGGAAGUAAACAGAGCAAAUUGCACUACAGCUGGAUCAUCUGUAUCAUCUCAUCGUGUUUUUGGAAAACAAAACGAGAUGAGCAACCUGCUGCUUUGCACUUCAGUUAGGAACACUUACUUGAAUAAAGAAUGUUACCACAUAAUUAGAACUGCAACUGGCACUGGAGGCUUUCUAUCUGUAAAGACAAAAGGAGCAGCGUCAGGUGCAUGAUGUUCCUGCGUUUAUUUUUCCACUUGUAUAUGCACUACUUUUACGUUUCUGGGACUUUGCUGAUAUCUGAUGUUUUUACCACAUCACUUCUCAUAUGUAAGGGAAGAUAUUUUUGUCUUUCCAAGAACAUGCUCUUUGGCAUUUCAUCCAAAAUUUUGGCUGACUGUUUGCUUUUGUAUAACUUGCAUACUGAGCAGCUGAGGACCAGUUAAUUCCAUGGAAUACGCUGUCUUUAAACUUGUACCCAGAAUUGUACUGGGCACAGACUUAUAUUACCAAGCACAGCCGUUUGAAGAUAAGUCAGAAGACCUAUUUAUAGUAAAUGAAAAAGAAUAAAAAAGUAAGUUUAGGGUUAUGCAAAUUAAAUCUGCAUACAAACAUAUUUAUUUCAAGUCAUUGUUUUCUAAAAAUCUGACAAACUGCAUUGACACAACAUGGCAAAAUGAUUAAGAUGGCCCUCCAAAAAGUUGUAUUUGGUUACUUCAAGAACCAGCGCCUUUUUAUGUCAUUUGUUAUAAAGUAUGUAAGUAUUCCUGCUAGACAGAUGCAUUUACAUUUAUGCAACCUUUUUAUAUGAAUUUAAUUUUUUAAGAAAUUGAGUUGAAUGCCUGAAGAUUCAGGGGUGUAUUACAUUUGGUUAUUUACAGUUUUUGUAUAAAGUUCUAUUCUUUGAACAGCAGCUUUAUUAGGGUACUUUACACUGGAUACAGACACAGAGACACUGUUAAGAAACUUCAAAGUACACAGCAGUCACCUGGGUGGUGUAUACUUGUGGAACUUCACUUUGGAAGGGUAAUGAACUGCUGGGCCUUUUCAGUCAUUGCUUACUCCUAUUUACAUUUUUGUAGUCCUGUUUACUUUAAGGAGGUCUUUGCCUCAGAAGUCUGGUAUUUCCCAUUUAAGUUUUAAUUUAUGCACAUUAUGUCACCAGAUUACAGCAUCCAUGAAUUUGCAACUGAGCGGGAUUUGGACCUGAAACUCAUUAGUGAAGACUGCCAAACAUAUAGCUACUCAAAAACAUGAAAAACUGAGUAGAGACUAUUUAAUAUUUUUUAUCCCCAGCACUGCGUAUUUCAACAACUGAGGGUGCUUUACCAUAUGACUGUGAAGAUGUAUGGAGUAAAGUUCAGGAUGGACUAUCUUUAAGCACUUACAACUGAUGCUACUGAUGUUGAUGGUGGUUACUGCCCUAGCCUUCUCACUUUUAGACUGUUUUUUAGUAUUUUUCUUCAGUCCAGUUUUUAUAAACUUUAAAGUAUAAGAACACUUGUACUGUUGGUCCUGAGGACAAGGAAAUGUUUGCAACAUUUCAGGUGUAAUGGAGCCUUCUUGCUUAGUAGCAUCAGUUGUUGAGAUUAAAGGCCAGAACAUUACUGUGUUUCAGACUUUUACAGAAACAACCUGAUCAGUCUUCAGAGAUCAGCAGCAGUUGUCACAGUUCUUUUAUUUUUUAACAUUGACAAACAAAGACUUUGAACAGUGAACAUGCAGAUUAAAGAUUUUUAUCCCUAGGUCAUUUAAUUGGGGAAAGUGCAGCUGUCUUUUGUAUGUUUUUGACAAAUCAUAUUGUAAUUCUUUUAUACAAAAGAAGUACUUGGUAUUCUACAAAAAUAAGAUCUGCUUAAUUUAAGCAGGUCAGGUUAACUCAGUUCUUUUCUUUGACAGGACUAUAAAAUAAGAUUGUCUCUGUAAUUGUUUUGGGGUUGACACCUCUGGGAAUUUGUGGACCAAUAUUUUGUGAAAAAAGAAGCAAGGGCAGAGGUAAAAUAUGGCUUCAAUUCCUUCUCUUUAUAGGUCAUCAUGCUGCCUGCUGUGGCAUUCCUAAUAUAGCAAAAACAAUAUAAUAAAGUUGUACAAUUUGUUCAGAUUAUCAGAAAUUUGUUUCAGCCCUGGUUACCUCAGGUUUGAGCAACAUGUAUAGCCUGGUAAUGUAUUGCUUCCACUGAUAAUUGAUAUGUGCAUUGUAUUUAUGUUAAGAUGGCAUAUUUUAAGUCAGACCUUUUUUAAAUAAGGCUCACAAGUAACAAUGUUAAUUCCAAAGAACACAGUUCUAGUUCUCUGUUUUUAAAACAUUGCUCCUAAUUGUGUUAAACCAGGUUGUCACACAAGAGUUGCAACCAUUUUGAAGUAGGUGCUUGUUAAGAAACAAUGCAGGAGGAUUAAGACAAAACUAGUUUAGGUGGUUAAACUAGUCACAUCCUAAAAAAAAUCAUGUUUGAUCUUUUUUGCCACAUUGUGAUUUUGCAUCUGCUUUAACCACUUCUGUAAAUAUUUUCUUUUGGAUAUAUUUGGGUAUGUUUCUCUUUGCCUUGCCCUUGUUUCAGAAGUACAAAACUUGUAGCAGACUUCAUCCAAAGCAUAAUUUUCUCUUAAAAUCUAAUGUCUUGACCCAGUUUUUGUUGGAUGUCUGCAACUCCGGUUUCAAUUUUUUGUGUACAGCAGUAUUUUAAUAAAGAAUACCAUAAAUA